AUGGCGACCACCCAUCUGAAUUUCGUGUCCCCGAGGAUUAAUCCUCUCCUUAGAUCCUUUGAAUGUCUCCAAUCGCCCUCACGAGACCUCAAUGCCUCUCCAUUCUCCGUCUCUGCUAUUGCAUCUUCCUCGUCUUCACAGACCACGGAGCUGGUGCCUCAUAGGCUCCAGAGGUUAGUCGAAGAAUUUCAGUCCUUGACGGAGCCAGUCGAUCGGCUCAAAUGGGUUCUUCGUCACGCGAGUCUCAUUCCUCCGAUGCCCGACUCAUCCCGGACCGAAGCGAAUCGAGUCAUGGGCUGCACGGCUCGUGUCUGGCUAGACGCUGAGCUAGGUCAAGACGGGAAGAUGCGGUUCUGGGCUGAUAGUGACUCAGAUGUCUCCAAGGGGAUGUGUUCGUGCCUGAUUCAAGUGCUCGACGCAGCUACGCCUGAACAAGUGAUGGAACUCAAGACUGAGGAUUUGGCUGAGCUUAACGUUGGAUUGCUGAGAGGGGAGAGAUCGAGGGUGAAUACAUGGCACAAUGUUCUUGUCAGUAUGCAGAAGAAGACCCGACGGUUCGUUGCGGAGAGGGAUGGUAAAGCUCCGUCCUUUGAGCGAUUUCCUUCACUCGUGUUAACUGCUGAUGGCAUUGAGGCUAAAGGAAGCUUCGCUGAAGCUCAGGCGAAAUAUUUGUUUCCGGAGGAGUCACGGGUUCAAGAACUUGUCAGUGUGCUGAAAGAAAAGAAGAUAGGAGUGUCUGCUCAUUUCUAUAUGGAUCCAGAAGUGCAAGGGGUCUUGACUGCUGCUCAAAAGCAUUGGCCACAUAUCUCUAUAUCUGAUUCUCUUAUCAUGGCGGAUGCAGCUGUCAACAUGGCAAAAGCUGGAUGUCAGUUCAUAACAGUUCUUGGUGUUGAUUUUAUGUCCGAGAAUGUCCGUGCCAUCCUAGAUCAAGCUGGGUUUGGAGAGGUUGGUGUAUAUAGGAUGUCAGAUGAGACCAUUGGUUGUUCACUAGCUGAUGCUGCUUCUGCUCCUGCUUACUUGAAUUAUCUCAAAGCUGCUUCUCUUUCUCCUCCUUCAUUGCAUGUUGUUUAUAUCAAUACAUCUCUGGAGACAAAAGCUUUUGCUCACGAGCUUGUACCUACCAUUACUUGCACUUCAUCUAAUGUUGCGUUUGCUCAAAUGCCGGAAUUAAAUGUUUGGUAUGGUCCUGAUUCGUACAUGGGAGCAAAUAUUGUAAAGUUAUUCCAGCAGAUGACAUUGAUGACUGAUGAAGAAAUUGCCAAUAUUCACCCUAAACACAGCCUAAACUCCAUCAAAUCAUUGCUUUCCCGUCUUCAUUAUUUCCAGGGUCCAAACUCCAUUAGAGUUGGUGAUGUGGCAUUACCAGUUGUACCGGGAGUAGCAGGUGGUGAAGGCUGCUCUAUUCAUGGCGGAUGUGCAUCAUGUCCAUAUAUGAAGAUGAAUUCGCUUAACUCGCUCUUGAAAGUUUGCUACAAUUUACCUGAUGUGGAAAAUGCAAUCGGGGAAUUCAAAGCAGAGCGAUUUAAACAACAAACUCCUCAAGGAAAACUUAUUGCGGAUGUCGGGUGUGAGCCAAUACUUCACAUGAGGCAUUUCCAGGCGAACAAGGAGCUACCAGAGGAGCUUGUUCAUCAGGUCCUAAAUUGUGAGUCCAAGAGAUGA